UAUUGUUUACUUCCUGUAGCUAAACGCUAUAGCAUGAAGCUAACUCGCCUUAGCGUUAGUCUCCACAAAUUAUUCCGUUCACUACUUCGACAAAGCUAAACCAUUCAACGCGUUGUAACAAAGUUGUUAUAUUCCCACUGUCUUGUAAUCCAAUCGGAAAAAUGUACAGCGCUAACUACUAGUUUUCCAGAGCAGGUCUGAUGCUCCAGAAGGCAUGGAGGGUCCGUCCUCUCGCGCUGCUACCCGGGAUGAGCCACUGGCUCCGGCCGCCGGGACAACGUCUGCUGGGGGUGGAGGGGCUGACAUUUCCCGGGACACGAAAACACACUUUCGUGUGUGUCGCUUCAUAAUGGAAACAGGCGUGAAGCUGGGCAUGCGCUCCGUGCCUGUGGCCACGGCGUGUGUGUUGUACCACAACUUCUUCAAACGUGUCAGCAUAUGUGCAUAUGAACCCUACCUGGUGGCCAUGAGCUGUGUGUACCUGGCCGGCAAAGUGGAGGAGCAACACUUAAGGACCCGCGACAUCAUCAAUGUAAGCCACAGAUACUUCAACAGUGGCAGCGCCCCUUUAGAAUGUGACAAGGAGUUCUGGGACCUGAGGGACAGUUUGGUGCAGUGUGAGCUCCUCAUCCUCCGGCAGCUCAACUUCCACGUCUCUUUUGAACACCCACAUAAGUAUCUACUCCACUACCUGUUGUCCGUGAAGUCGCUGGUGAACCGCCAUGCUUGGUGUCGAUGCCCGGUGGCUGAGACUUCCUGGGCGCUGCUGAGAGACUGCUACCACGGGGCCAUUUGUAUCCGCCACACGCCCCAGCACAUCGCCAUAGCGACACUGUACUUGGCUCUGAACAGCUACGGCGUGGAGCUGCCUGUCGGGGAGAAACCGUGGUGGCAGGUGCUUUGCGAGGACGUGACCAAAGAGGACAUAGACUCUGUGAUCUCGGACCUUCUACAACUGUACGACAUGGAGGCCAAGUGUAUCUGAGGACACUGCCGUCAGACUCGCACACACGCAGGCCACAAGUUAGAUGACUCAGCUGCGUGUUUGUGACUGCAAGUGUGUCAUUUCUGUGUGUGUGUGUGUGUUUGAGAGCUGAAACAACAGCACAACUGCACUACCUACGCUCAACACCCUGGGGAGACAUUUCUUCAUCCCCGGCUUCCUGGUUGCAGAUCACUGGCUGUGCCACUACACAAACUCUGAUUGGUCAUGAUCAUUUGCAGCAAGCAAACAACUGGCCAUGUGUUUCAUUCCAAAGAUAAUGCGAUCUGUGGAUUGAAUUAGCCAGUUAAACAAAAAUAAAAAUCCUUCACUUGUUGAGAGCCAUGUUGCUUUCUUUAUGUAUGCCUUGAUAUGUUUUAGUUCUGACAAAGCAAAAGUUACACAACUAUGUCUCUGCUUUAUAAAGUCAUUUUCUUCAGACUAUACUUUGAAAGAGUCUGAUAACAAUGUAUCAAAGUAUCGGAUUGUUAGAAUAAUUGUUUUUAAGUUAUCACAAAAACUUUGUGUUACAUUAAGUGCCCGGCAAGAAGACAAAAGCUGUCUUUGAAACCUACCAAGAAGAAGGCUCGUAAAACUCCACUGUGUAAGGGGGAAAGCAACAUGAAGGCUUUUCUGUUUUCUUUCAUGUAUGGUAAUCAACAGGAGGAUGUUGUUUUGACCCAGGGACUAUACAAAGCGGAGAGAAGGCAGGAUCUGCCCAAUUUCCAGACGACCUCUUUUUGAACCUCCUUUUUCAACUGUUUUACGAACCUCUUUUUGACAUCGUUUACGACCUUUUCUGUGAAGUGUUUACGACAUUUUCUUUUGAACUGAUCUGUAACCAAAGGUAACGCUGUUUACGACCCACUUCCCUCUGGAAGCAGCUGUGGUCAUGUGGUCAGAGAAAGUCAAUUAAAGAAGGAGGAGUACAAUCUUUCGCCAGAGCGUGCUGGAGAUUGUACAUUGAUUGAUUGAUUGAGACUUUUAUUAGUAGGUUGCACAGUGAAGUACAUAUUCCGUACAAUUGACCACUAAAUGGUAACACCCGAAUAAGUUUUUCAACUUUUUUAAGUCGGGGUCCACUAAUACAAGAGUACAGUGUCCCGGCGUCUCUCCUCAAUUGAGUCCAAAUUGAAUUCUGUCUGUUUGAUUCUUUGCGUCUUGUCUUGUUUAAUAGAUGUCAUCAGUGUUAGAACCUGACACUGAUGCUUUCAAGUGUAUUACUUAGCUUGUUUUCCAGAUUACACUCGGGCUGUUUGCCGAUCCUAAUGAUGUCGGACCACCACAUCUUGGUGCUACAUACCGUUUGUCAUCUUGUUCCCUGUGACCAAAUAGUCUUAAUCCCUUAAAACAACUUUCUCCAUCCAAUAAUGCUUUCAGUGGUUUCUUUCAUAACCAGUUUUGUGUUUGGUGCCCAGGAAACUUGGGAACCACCUCAAUUCCAAAAUGGUGUCUCCCAGAAUCAGCCCUUACAUGCAAGGGGAGACCAUGUCAGCACUUCCUCUAUGCCAGUUCUCAGCGCUUUACUUUACCCACAUUUUGUUAUAUUACAGCCUUAUUCCAAAAUGGAAUACAUUCCUUUUUGUUUAAAAAAAUUCUACAGAUAAUACCCCAUUGCAUUGUGACAUUUUAUUCGUAUUUUGUAUUAUUAGGAAUUAAAAAAACCAAAAAAAUGGCAAAUCCAUAAUUAUUCACAGCCUUUGCUCAAUACUUUGUUGAUGUGACAAUCUGUAUUUUCAGAUUUCGGCUGUAUUUUCAUUUGCCCCUUAAUUUUAUUGACAUUUUAUUUAAGAAACAUAUAUAUUAAAAAU